AUGAUGAUGAUGACGAUUAUUAUUAUUAUUAUUAUUAAACUCUUUUCUUAUUUUCAUUUUUCUUUUCUUCCUUCUUCUCACGCGCGUUUCUUAUUCUCUUUUUCUUUGUCCUUCUCCUUCUUACGCUCUUUUCUUAUUUUUCUUUUCCUUUCCCUCUUGCUUCUCACGAUCUUUUCUUACUUUCCUUUUCCUUUUCCUACCUUCUUCUCACGCUCUUUUAUUGUUCAUCUUUAUCUUUUCCUCCUCCUUUUCACGCUCUUGUUUUCCUCUUCCGUUUCCUCCUCAUUCUUCUCACACGAUUUUCUUAUUCUUCUUUUCCUUUCCCUCUUGCUUCUCACGAUCUUUUCUUAUUCUCCUUUUUCUUUUCCAUCUUCUUUCCACGCUCUUUUCUUAUUCUUCUUUUUCUUUUCACCCAUUUUCCACGUUCUUUUCUUAUCUCCUUUUCUUUUACCUCCUUCUGCUCAUGCUCAUUUUUAUUCCCCUUUUCUUUUUCCUACCUUCUCACGCCUUUUCUUAUUCUCCUUUACCUUUACCUCCUAUUCUUAUCACUCUCUUUUCUUUUUCUCGUUUUUCUUUUCCCUCUUCUUCCAACGCUCUUUUCUUAUGCUUCUUUUCAUCCUUCUUCUCACGUUCUUUUUCCCCUUUUCCUUUCCCUCUUUCUUUUCGCGCUCUUUCCUUUUCUUUUCUUCCUUCUUCCCACGCUCUUUUCUUAUUCCCUUUUCCUUUUUGUCCUUAGUCUCACACACUUUUCUUAUUCUCCUUUUCCUCUUUCUUCUCACACUCUUUUCUUAUUCCCCUUUUUCUUUUUCGCCUUUUUCUCACGCUCAUUUUUUUAAUCUUUUUCUUUUCCUCCUCCUACUCACGCCCUUUUCUUAUUCUCCUUUAUCUUUUCCUCCUUCUCACGUUCCUUUUUCUUUUAUUUUCUCGUACUCUUUUAUUAUUCACCUUCUUUUUCGUCUAAAUUUAAAUCUAUCAUUUUUUUUACUUCUCUUGUUAUUUCCUACACCUCAUUCUUGA